AGGCUGCUGCUCCCACUUCCCCCAACUGCUCAGCUCCUAAAGCAGGGUUUCAGAGAGAAGCAUACAAUUGUCCCCACCCCCAGCUCUGAGCCCUGACUCCAGAGAUUUUGCCUGGGGGAAGAAGUAGGCCAUAAAACAGUUAGCUCUUCAUCUUUUCCCAAAACAACUGACUUCUUUACAACAGGGCAUUAAAAAAAAUGUUCAAGCCUAAGGGUACUCUUAAAAACAGUGGAGGUUUUGGUGAAAGAUAAUGGGGAGAUGUGUAAAUUCAAUGAGGAUACAGACUAAACUGUAGGCUAGUUAUUUUUCAGGAGAGACAAAAAAAAAAAAACAAAAAAACCAGCAGUGUGGAGCCCUCCUGAUGUUAGAACAAACAUCACAUACUGACCUUGGGAACUAUUCCUUCAAAGGAGCCUGGAUUUGAUUGGAUUAGUCUGUAGAACAAUGUAUGCCCCAAAGCAUUAUUGAAAACAAUUCAGCAAUCAGCUGAAAAUCAAUGGAACUUAACAGCUGGCAGUAUGGUCAGGAAAAGACAAACAGAACCCUGCCAAAUCCACUGUCAUCCCAAGGUGCCUGGGCAUAUCCAAAGCUGCACCUCUCUGAGGAACAAGAUCAGAGGCUUUACAAAGUAUGGGGGAAAACUACACCCAGUCACUAAACAAACAAGUGACAAUAACAAGGUUGGUACCAAGAGUUUCUACAAUAUAUUAUUUAAAACAGCCGAGUCCAGCCCUUAGGAUGCGAGGACGUUUUUGCUUAUCUGUGGUGGUGGGUAUCACAAAAAUUAUGCAUGGACUUUUUUUUUUCUUUUAGCUUGUCAGCUAUCGUGAGCGUUAGUGUAUUUUAUGCGUGGCCCAAGACAAUUCUUCUUCCAGUGUGGCCCAGGGAAGCCAAAAGGUUGGAUACCUGUUAUUUUAAAUGUCCAGUUAAUAACAAAAUGCACAAAGAAACAGGAAAAAUAUAACCCAUGUGCCAGAAAAAAAGAAGGUUGUAGAAUCUGCCUGUGAGAGUGACCAUAUGUUGGAUUUAACAGAAUAUAUGACUUUAAAGUAGUCAUUACAUAUGUUCAAAGAACUAAACUAUGACUAAAGAAGUAAAGAAGGGCUUUUCACAAGAUGGCGCCGAAAGCGAAGGAGGAAGCUCCUGCCCUUUCUAAAGCCGAAGCCAAAGUGAAGGCUUUAAAGGCCAAAAAGGCAGUAUUGAAAGGUGUCCACAGCCACAAAAAAAAGAUCCGCACGUCACCCACCUUCCAGCGGCCCAAGACACUGCGACUCCAGAGGCAGCCCAAAUAUCCUCGGAAGAGCGCCCCCAGGAGAAACAAACUUGACCACUAUGCUAUCAUCAAGUUUCUGCUGACCACUGAGUCUGCCGUGAAGAAGACAGAAGACAACAACACACUUGUGUUCACUGUGGAUGUUAAUGACAACAAGCCCCAGAUUAAACAGGCUGUGAAGAAGCUCUAUGACACUGAUGUGGCCAAGGUCAACUCCCUGAUUCGACCUGAUGGAGAGAAGAAGGCAUAUGUUCGACUGGCUCCUGAUUAUGAUGCUUUGGAUGUUGCCAACAAAAUUGGGAUCAUCUAAACUGAGUCCAGCUGGCUAAUUCUAUAUAUCUUUUCACCAUAAAAAAAAAAAGAAGAAAGGUACGAUGACAAUGUCACAUCAAAUAGAGGCUAUCAUAAAGAGAUAGAAUUUACAAAAAAAAAAAAAAAGGAAUAAAAUGAAAAUCCUGGAGUUGAAAAACAUAAUAGCAAAAUAAACUAAAGGGACCCAUAAGGAGACGAGAACUGGCAUUAGAAAGAAUUGGGGAACUUGAAAAUACAUCAACAGAAAUUAUGCAAUCUGAAGAACAGAAAGAAAAAAGAAUGAAGAAAAAUGAACAGAGCUUCAGAGACCUGUAGGACACCGUAAAGUGUACCAACAUACAGCCAGGUCCAGUGGCUCACGCCUGUAAUCCCAGCACUUUGGGAGGCCGAGGCGGGAGGAUCACCUGAGGUCAGGAGUUUGAGACCAGCCUGGCCAGCAUGGCAAAACUCCGUCUCUACUAAAAAUACAAAAAUUAGCCGGGCAUGGUGGCAGGUGCCUGUAGUCCCAACUACUCAGGAGGGUUAGGCAGGAGAAUCACUUGAAUCUGGGAGACAGAGGUUUCAGUGAGCCAAGAUCAUGCCACUAUACUCCAGCCUGGGCAACAGAACAAGACUCCAUCUCAAAAAAAAAAAAAAAAGUGUACCAACAUAAUGUAUUGAGUAACAUAAACCUAACACAAGAAACUCCAAGAAGGAUAAACUCAACAAGAGCCACAAAUAAACAUCACAGUAAAAAUUAUGAAAGUCAAAGACAAGGAGAAAACCUUGAAAGCAUCAAGAGAAAAACAACUAGUUAUUUUCAAGGGCUAAGAUAACAAUUGACUUCUUAGCAAAAACAACUGAGGCCAGAAAACAGUGGAAUAACAUAUUCAAAGUGCUCAAAGAAAAAAAAACUUGUCACCAAAAAUCCUAUAUCCAAUAAAACGAUCUUUCAAAAAUGAAGGCUUGGGAGCUGAGGCAGGUGGACUCAGGAGUUUAAGAUCAGCCUGGGCAACAGUUGAGACCCUGUCUCUACAAAAAAAUACAAAAAUUAGCCAGGUGUGGUGGCAGAUAUUCUGAGGCAAGAAGAUAACUUCUUGGAGGGUGAGGCAAGAAGAUAACUUGAGCUCGGGAGGCAGAGGUUGCAGUGAGCCAAGAUCAUGCCACUGCACUCCAGCCUGGGUACUAGAGCGAGUCCAUAUCUCGAAAAGUAUUUGAAUCUUUAAAAAAUGAAGGCAAAAUAAAGACAUUCCCAAAUAAAUAAAAAUGGAGAAUUUUUUGCUAGCUGUUCUACCUUAUAAGAAACACUAAAGGAUUUCCUUCAGGCUCAAAGCAUAUGACCACCAAUGAUAGUUUGAAAUCUGUAUUUAAAAACAUAGAGCACCAGUAAAGAUAAUUAUGUAACUAUAAAGUACAUUAUAAGUGCCUAUUUUUCUUUCUUCUCUUACCUGAUUUUAACAGCCAUUACAUAAAACAGUAUUAUAUAAUGUACCAUUGGACGGUUAAUAUAUAGAAAUGUAAUGUAUUUGCUAAUAACAGCACAAAGGAGGAGGUGGGAGGAAAGUUGUGCUGCAUUAAAGAAAUAACUACUGAUGGUAAAGUAAUAAUUAUAACAAUAUAUUCACAGGGUUGUAACAUUAAUAGAUAUUAUAUAACACAAACAUCACAAAAAAGGAGGAAAGAAAAUAGAGGCAUAUAGGAAUAAUGAGUCUACAUCUCACUGAAACAAAGCUUGUAUAAAUUUGAAGCUGAUUCUAAUAAGUUAAUAUGUAUAUAAUAAACCCAAGGGCAGACGCUAAAAAAAAAAAAAAAAAACUCAAAAAUAUGUAGUGAAAAAUAAUCAUUACACAAGUUUAAAUGCUGCAUUAGAAAAUAGUCACUUAAUACUAAAGAAAACGGAAAAAGAAUACAAUAAAAUAGAGGAAAAAAAGACAUGAGAUACAGAGAAAACAGAAAAGUAAAAUGGCAGACAUAAAUCCAACUAUAUGAACAACUACAUUAAGUGUAAAUGGAUUAACCGGAGGGGCGUGGUGACUCACGCCUGUAAUCCCAGCACUUUGGGAGGCCCAGGUGGGUGGAUCACAAAGUCAGGAGUUCAAGACCAGCCUGGCCAAGAUGGUGAAACCCUGUCUCUACUAAAAACUACAAAAAGAAUUAGCCAGGCAUGGUGGCAGGUACCUGUAAGCCCAGCUACUUGGGAGGCUGAGGCAGGAGAAUUGCUUGAACCCUGGCGGCAGAGGUUGCAGUGAGUGGAGAUUGUGCCACUACACUCCAUCCUGGGCAAUCGAGCGAGACUCCAUUUCAAUCAAUCAAUCAAUCAAUCAAUCAAUCAAUCAAUGUAAAUGGAUUAACCAAGCCCAUCAAAAGGUAGAGAUUGUCAAACUGAAUUUUUAAAAAAUGAUCUAGGUCUCCAAAAGAUACAAUUUAAAUUUAAAAAUACAAGUAGAUUGAAAAUAAAAAGAUGAAAAAUAAUAUAUCAUGUAAACAACCACAAGAAAGCUGGAGUGGCUAUACCAAUAUUAGAUAAAAACAGACUUUAAAAAAUAGGUAAAUGUUUGACAUAUACAGACAAAACAGGCUUUAAAAACUUUUGUCUCUUAUAUCUUAAAUAGACAUAGAUAUAAGAUAUAUAUCAAACUAUAUAUAUUUUUAAAGUCUGUUUUGUUUGAUAUUAGUGUGGGAUAUGAUGAGGUUUCUCUUCAAAUAAUCUGAUCAAUCUUUUAUUCUUUAAUUCAUAGUUACCCCCCCUCCAUUUUUCUCCUUUUUUCCCCUUUUCCCUUCUCGCCUUUGUUAAAUGCCCAGGCAUGCCGCACUACCAAGUGUUAUCAGUACCAGCUCACAUUCCUUUCCUUAUUUGGAAAGAGGACUAACUUAUGGCUCAUUACAGACACCCCUUCCCCUAUUCCCUCCACUUUCCUUUACAUGCCCACCCUAUCUAAAAAAAAUAAAAUGUUUAGCCAACCAGGAUUAGUUUAGAUUGUACAACCCAACCCCGGCCAAUGGAGAAAGGGUACAGGGGCAGGACUUGCAUCAGGAAUAAAGGCUCUUGUGCCCCUUUGUUCAGGUGUGCUCUCAUGGCAGCUGGCCAGGGAGGCACCCUCUGUGCAGAAGUAAAAUUGCUUUGCUAAGAAUCCUUUGUUCAAGUGUUCAAUUUCCUUAGGAUUUUGAGCAUUAUUCCUAACAUUAGUAUAGCCACUCCAGUUUUCUUGUGGCUGUUUGGAUAUAUAUUAUUUUUCAUCCUUGUAUCUUAUUUAGAUAUAAAUAUCAUUAUAUAAAGAUACUCUUUAUCUCAUAUCUAAAGAGGGUCAUUUUGUAAUGAUAAAAGGGUCAGUCCUUCAGGAAGAGGGUAACAAUUAUAAACAUAUUUGCACCUACUAACACAGUACCAAAAUAUAUGAAGAAAAACUGACAGAAACAAAGAGAGAAAUAGAAAAUUCAAAAGCAGUAAUAGUUGAAGCCUUCAACACCCCACUUUCAAUAAUGGAUAAAACAAUUAGGUGGAAGAUCAAUGAAUAGAAGACUUUGAACACACAUAAACCAACUACACCUAACAGGUGUCUAUGGAACACUAUAGAAUUUACACUCACUAUAGAACACUCCACCCAACAACAGAAGAAUAUAUAUUCUCAAGCACACAUGGUACAUCCACCAGGAAAGACCAGACCACAUACCGGAUAAUAAAACAAACCUCAAAAAUUUUAAAAGAGCAGAAAUAUAAACUAUGUUCUCUGACCACAAAGGAAUGAAGUUAGAAAUCAGUAACAUUUAAAAAUUGGGGGCUGGGGCCGGGUGCUGUGGCUCACACCUGUAAUCCCAGCAUUUUGGGAGGAUCACAAGGUCAGGAGAUUGAGACCCUCCUGGCUAA